AUGGCCCAAGUUAUGGCUAUGAGCGCUGCGUACGGCACAGCAAUUCCGACAUUGGCAUUGCCAGUGUUGGAACAGGCCAAAGCGCCAGAAAGUUCCGUUUCUCCUGACCAGCGAACUUUUAGCGGCUUACAAAGUCGACUUCGUCGGGACUCAAGAGAUAAGAGCAAGGACGAUGGCAGCAGCGCUUCAGGAACGUUUGGACUUGGACAAAACCUAUCCACAAUUACCGAGAAUCUACGCCUCAGGAUGGCAUCUACACCAUUACCGAGGUUACAACAUUGUCGCGCACGACUGGAGCUCGUAAAUCCCGGGCGGCUAUUAAUCCUCAAUGCUAGGGAGAGACCGUGGCGAGACGGUGACAAUGGUCUUAACAAGGCCGCUACAUUUGCGACACUGUUUAUAGUGUGCGGCGCAUUUUUCAUCGAUAUUGCUAAUCUGGGUAUGGCCAACAUUGCAUUGCCUACGAUCCAGAAAGCGCUUGGUUUCGACGACGGAACGCUUCAAUGGGUCCUAACUGCAUACGCCCUAACAUUCGGCGGGUUUCUUAUGGCGUGCGGGAGACUCGGUGACAUUUUCGGCCACGGUAAUAUAUUGCUGCUAGGCAUGACGCUCUUCAAUUCAGCGACAUUGCUUUGCGCGCUCAUCGAUAACCGAGUGGGAUUGGUCAUUGGGAGGGCAGUCCAAGGACUCGGUGCUGCCUUCACAAUACCACCCGCUCAGUCUCUGGUGUCGUUGAUGUUCGAAGACCCUUCGUCUCGUGUAAAGGCAUUCGCUGUAUGGGGAGCUUCCGGUUCUACAGGCUUCGUUGUCGGGCCAAUUAUUGGCGGACUUCUCACCUCGCUAGUAUCCUGGAACUGGAUAUUCUGGAUCAGUUUAAUAUGCGAAGGCGCCUUGGAAAUUGCAGCAUUAGCACUUCUAUUCAGUCACGCGCUUCCUGGAGCGCCCCCUCCCAAAGACGCCAAAAAAAGCAAAUGGAUCGGCCUACACAGUCAAGUUGACGCUCUCGGGGCCGCCUUAUCCGUCCCUUCCAUGGCUCUACUGGUCUACGGAUUGACAACGGGCAAUAUCCACGGAUGGAACCAGCCGGACGUGAUUGCCUGUCUUGCCACGGCGGUUGCGCUUGUUGCGUCUUUCAUCGCCGUGGAGGUUUGGGUUGCUUCCAACCCAAUUCUUCCAAAGUACAUAUGGGGGGAUCGCACUCGUGCCGUGGGAUGUCUCUUGGCAGCUCUUACGUAUGCGGUAUGGCAAGGGUGCAAUUACUUGUUGACCCUCCAAUUACAAGGCUUUGGAUUCUCUGCUGUUGAUACAGCGGUCCGAUUCCUGCCUCUUGGCAUCACAGCCAUGGCAGUCAACUUUGUCAUUCCCACCAUCUCGAAACACAUCCGACCACGAGUUUUGUUGGUCAUAAGCUGGCUUGCAGCUAUGGUUGGGCUCGUGUUAUUUACACGCAUGGAAUCCGAGGAUGAUUACUGGCGGUAUUGUCUACCAGGCAUGAUAUUGUACAUUACUGGAAUCUGCACCGUGUACUUUGUCGGCAAUGUCACUGUCGUAGCAAGUGCUCCGUCAGAAACACAAGGCACUGUAUCUGGUGUGUAUAAUAUGUUUUUAAACGUGGGGGGUGCAGUGGUGGGUGUUGCGUUACUCACAGUGAUUAGCAACACAGUCACGGCGAAUGAAGGUGGGAAAACGCAUCCGGGUGCGCUGCUCUCAGGGUAUCGCGCGGGGUACUACGCUUCGAUUGUAAUGACGGGUAUUGGGGUUCUUGCUUCGCUGCUUCUAAAGGACAAGCAAUGA